AUGCGCAAGUUUACGCCUCGUUUUGGAGUAGGAAUAUUGAUAUGGUGGAUUCUCGUGUUGGAGAUGCUUUAAUAAUAUGGUUUUUGUGUUGAUAUUUGCAGGUGCCUCUAUUUACUUGCUAAACAGAAAAUGUCCAAUUAUCAAGGAGACGAUGCUGAGUACAUGGAGGACGUAGAUGAUGAGAUGGAAGAUGUAGAAGAUGAUAUGGAUGAGGAGUUUCGUGGCGAUGAUCUAGGUGCAUCAGAUUCCGAUGUUGAGGAAUUUGACUUCUCGGAUAAUAAAAUAGCUGAUACCUCGGCAGAGCAGGCUCGUAAAGGGAAAGAUAUCCAGGGGAUUCCUUGGGACAGGCUUAGUAUUUCCAGAGAGAAAUACAGACAAACUAGAUUAGAACAGUACAAGAAUUAUGAAAAUGUCCCCAACUCUGGGGAAUCAUCGGAGAAAGUUUGCAAGGUCACACAGAAAGGGGGACAGUUUUAUGACUUCUGGCGGAAUUCAAGAUCUAUUAAAUCCACUAUACUUCAUUUCCAGUUGAGGAAUUUGGUGUGGGCAACUUCCAAGCACGACGUGUAUCUUAUGUCAAAUUUCCUGCUAACACAUUAUUCUUCACUAACGUCCGGAAAGAAGGAAGUUCUCAAUGUUCGCGGUCAUGUUGCACCAUCCGAGAAACAUCCUGGAAGUUUGCUGGAAGGAUUUACGCAGACUCAAGUGAGUACACUUGCAGUAAAGGACGACUUUCUAGUUGCUGGUGGAUUUCAAGGAGAACUUAUUUGCAAGCAUCUUGAUAGACCGGGCGUCAGCUUUUGCUCUCGUACGACUUAUGAUGAUAAUGCUAUUACCAAUGCCAUUGAGAUCUACAACAAACCCAGCGGUGCACUUCAUUUUACUGCCUCGAAUAAUGACUGUGGAGUUAGAGAUUUUGACAUGGAGAGAUACCAGCUUGUUCAGCAUUUUCGUUAUCCUUGGCCAGUGAAUCACGCAUCUUUGAGUCCUAAUGGUAAAUUACUGGCUAUUGUUGGGGACAACCCAGAGGGCCUUAUAGUAGACCCCAACACGGGAAAGACGCUGGAAACACUGUCAGGACAUUUGGACUAUUCCUUUGCCUCAGCUUGGCACCCUGACGGAAUCACUUUCUCAACUGGAAACCAGGACAAGACCUGUCGUGUAUGGGAUAUCCGUAACCUAUCUCAGGCCGUUGCUGUCUUGAAGGGUAACCUCGGAGCAAUCCGGUCCAUCCGCUACACAUCCGAUGGGAAAUACAUGGCGAUGGCUGAACCGGCUGACUUUGUCCAUGUAUUUGACGCUUCAAACGGGUAUGAGACAGAGCAGGAAAUCGACUUCUUUGGGGAGAUCUCCGGAAUAUCUUUCAGCCCUGACACAGAAUCGCUCUUCAUUGGGGUAUGGGACCGCACUUAUGGUAGCCUCCUUGAGUAUCAUCGGCGCAGGAACUAUUCCUACAUUGAUUCGUUUCUUUAAGUAAGAAGAGGAGUAUACGCAACCCUUUCAAGGAAUAAAAGAGAGCUCAUAUAGUAACCGGUGACCACGACGGAAGCAAAGCAUAGAUAUAAUGGAUCUCUUAAAGGGUGUAAAUGAUGUGUUGUGCAAAUGCUAGUAGUUAGUGUCUUUUGUUUCCUUUGCCGGCUGGUGUGUUGUUUCCUUCUGUCCAGUCUCUAAAGGUUCAAGCUCGGUUUGUGUAUAGAACGGUUCAGUGGUGGCACAGACUGGAUUAGGACGUGGUGUUGCUGCAGCUGGACCCAGGUUCAAUGUCGGUGUGGGAUCCGGAGAUAUUGCUCUGUUUGGUGGCUUGUGGUGUGAGUCUUUUUAUUUUUCUCUUGUACAAGGGGUUGUUGUAGAAACUCGAGUGUUAAAAGUUCCUUUUGAAUUGGUUCUGAGUUUAGAAUGUGGAGAUGCUUUAACUAAAGCACUAAACUAUAGUAUUUCUUGUCCGUUAUGAUUCGACCCUUAAUAACACAUAAUUUGUCUCUAAUUAGCAGUAAAUAAUGUAUAUUUUGUAUUCGUUACCAAAAAAUCUUUUUCUAUUAGGCCUGUACGAGUAUGAGCAUAAUCACAGUAAGGGGGAAUUAUGAGAAUGAAACGUAUAAAAACAGGGGCCUUAAUGCAAAAAUUUCCCCUGAAAAUCUUAUAAUCCAGAAGUAACCAACGAGACGCAACCACGUCACUGACCAGAAAUCCGCAAACAAUGUUUCAAUCCUUACCAACAAAAAUCGACUUCUUCCCCAAAAGUCAAACUAUUAAUCACAUCUGUUCCCAAAAUCCACUCAUCUCCUUGCAUCAAAAUCUCCCAGAAGAAAAUGGCGACGAGCUCAUCUGCUUUACUCUCUCCUACAACCUUCUCCGCCGCAAUUCCUCAUGGAAACCCCAAUUCCAUCUCCUUCCACGGCCUCCGACCGCUCCGCCUCCUCGGCGGCAACUCCUCUGCCCUCCCCAACCUCUCCCUCGCCUCCGGUAGUAGACGAUCUUCUUCGGCCGUCGUGAAAUCCGCGCUGAAUCCCUCCGUCGUGAUCAGCCUCAGCACGGGACUCUCACUCUUCCUCGGCCGAUUCGUCUUCUUCAACUUCCAGAGGGAGAACGUGGCGAAGCAGGUACCGGAGCAGAACGGGAAAACGCACUUCGAAGCCGGCGACGAUCGGGCCAAGGAAUACGUGAGUCUACUGAAAUCGAAUGAUCCAGUUGGAUUCAACAUCGUCGAUGUCCUCGCUUGGGGAUCUAUCGGACACAUCGUUGCCUACUACAUCUUAGCCACUUCCAGCAACGGCUACGAUCCCAACUUCUUUGGCUAAUGAUUCUAAUUUUCAAAAAUCUUUCGAUUAUUAUAAUUGGGGAAUUGUAUUAUGUAUAGUGAUGAAUGGCGUCGAUGUUGUUGGUUUGUUUUCAAAUGUAUCGACUUUUCUCCAUUCACUCUCUUUUCUUUCGUUUCUGUUAUUUCCUCGGGCGCGUGUUACUGAACCAACUCACUCUUUACGCGCGUAUAUAUACUGUCAAUCUAACUGAAUUAUUUUAUGGACCACGAGGCCCGACAUUGAAUUUAUGUGGCCCAGAUAUGCAUUCAUCCUU